AUGCUGUGGUAUGCUCUCGUCGUUACCUUGUUAUUAGUGAUCAGAAAUGGACAAGCAGAAGAAACAAAGAUUAUAGAUGGAAAUGAUGGUAUACGUUCAAUUUCAAGUGGAUUAUCAUAUGGAAAAUGUGGCGGAUAUUGUAGUCAAUCGAUUAAUAUAACAAAAGUUCCGUCUGAAUUAGUCGCAUUGAAAGGACCUAAUGGGGAUCGUGUACAAUAUCCAACUAUUCAACGAAAAUUCUGUUUCAAUUCAGUUGAAUGGCAAGAACUUAUUGCUCUUCUCGACCUAGAAAAAUUUAAAAUGUUAGAUGAGAUUCAAGGAUGUCCUGGUUGUGCAGAUGGUGGUAUAGAAUGGAUUCAAGUUGACUGGUCAAAGGAAAGUAAACGUGUAACAUUCGAAUAUGAAGCAUUAAUCGCUGGUAUUGAAGAACUUAUUAAAUAUUGGCGCGUACUUAGAGAGAAAUAUUUCAAAUAUUUAUGA